CGUGGCCAAAUUUGAGAGGGAAAAAGGAAAUAAAAGUUUUAUAAACAGUCAGAGCUCUCCUAAUCUGGAUGUGAGCUGAGAUUCUGUGGGGGCCCAUCUUUUCCUAACCUCUGGUGGCACUUUCCCAGAUGUGCAGAGGUAAUUUGCAUGAAGAUGCCAUAUCUUCAACAUCAGGAAGAAUUUCUUCUUGCAGAGGGUGGUCUGGCUUUAGAAGGGGCUGCCCAGGGAGGUUUGGAGUUCCCAUUCCUGGAGGUGUAAAAGGAACAACUGGAUGUGCUCUGGGCUGGGAGAAGAAGUGGGGAUUGGUCACAGGUUAGACUCAAUGGUCUUGGAGGGCUUUUACAACCUGAGUGAUUCUGGAAUUCUGCUGCACAGCUCACAGAGGUGCCACUGGGACAUGCUGGUUCCUACCAUCUCCAAGGCAAGAAAACUUCUGAAAAGGAUUGAGGGUUUUCUCUAAAUGCUUAGUGUUCAGAAUUCAAUAGAAUACUUUGUUCUGAUGAGAGCUAACCCAGGACACCAGAAGAUGCAACAUGCAUCCUGCUCAUGGCUGUCAGGGGGGUUAGUUCCUUCAGCUAUUUUGUGGUGGAAGCUUUGAUGAUAAAGUGAAGUAGGAGGACUCUUAAAAAUUGCAAUGUGUGUCGCUAUUGGGUGAUUGUGUGCUGUGAGAAGAGGGCAGAAUCUCUAAAGAUACCUCAGCACUGGCUAUGUAUACUUACAAACUAUAUAUAACCAUUUCUGCUUACCAGAGAAUCAAAAGGAAAAGAAAGGUUUGAGAAAGGUGGGGUGGGUGCCUCAGCUGUUUUACUUUUCCCCUGUAUGCAGGUAAAUGGUCAAGCUCUCCCUGAGCACUGUUUGUUUAACAACUGAAAAGAAAGCACUUCAUGUCACUCCAAAGAGUAAAUAUCUGAAGUUAUGGAUUAACUAAGUUCCAGCAGAGCUCAUGGAGGAAGAACAGAUAACACUGAUUCCCACUGAAUAAAGUCGUGACUCCUGCUGCAGGAUGUGGAAGCUCCUCACUGUGGGGCUACUGCUGGCUGCCUGCUCUUCACGGGGCUGUGGCACCUCAAUAUUUUACAGCAGUAAAGAUGCAAGCCAAGUCCUGAGAAUCCAGAAGCGGGCAAACACUUUCCUCGAGGAACUCAAGCCAGGCUCUGUGGAGCGUGAGUGUGUUGAAGAGCACUGUGACUUUGAGGAGGCCAGUGAGAUAUUUGAAACCAGGGAAGCAACAAUGAAUUUUUGGACCAAGUAUGUAGACGGAGAUCAGUGUGCGAAACAUCCUUGUUCCAACGGGAUCUGCAAGGACAAUAUUGGAAAAUUUUCCUGCAUCUGUAACAAAGGCUGGGAGGGGGUUUUGUGCAGUUAUGAGGUCAAAUACAGCAAUUGUUCCGUGGAUAACGGAGGCUGUGAACAUUUCUGCAGGGAGGACCCUGCUGAACAGCAUCGCUUGUGCAGCUGCGCAUCGGGAUAUCAGCUCAAGGAUGACCACACCACCUGUGAGCCUGUAGUGGAGUUCCCCUGUGGAAGAGUGAAGUCAGACUACCUUGAAGCCAAAGCAGAUUUCAAUAUUCGGCUCAUUGAUGGAAAAGUUGGAAGAAAAGGAGGCAGCCCUUGGCAGAUUAUGCUGCAAAAUGCCGAAGGGAUAUUUCUCUGUGGGGGUGUUCUCAUCCAUCCAGCUUGGGUCCUAACAGCAGCACACUGCCUUGAGGAACAAAAGGUGUUCAAAGUUAAACUUGGUAAAUUCCGUUUCCGUUCUGAGGCAGAUGAGCAAACCAUUUGGGUUGAUAAAUGGGUGAUCCACGAAAAUUACACCAAGAAGACCUCAGAUAAUGACAUAGCCAUGCUGCACUUGGCUGAGCACGUGAUGUAUUACAAAUAUGCGCUGCCAAUCUGCCUUCCCACCCGCAGCCUGGCGGAGCGGGAGCUGAUGAGGAGUGGGAAGCAGGCAGUGGUGACGGGCUGGGGCAGGAGGAGCGAGCACAACAGCAGCUACGCUGCUUCCCUCAGCUACAUCGAAAUCCCCAUCGUGCCCCACAAUGAGUGCGCCCAGGCCAUGAGCUCCCACAUCUCCAACAACAUGCUGUGUGCUGGGAGCCUGGGGGACAGGAAGGAUUCCUGCAUUGGGGACAGCGGAGGCCCUAUGUUCACUAGAUAUAAGGAUACUUGGUUUUUGGUAGGACUGGUGAGCUGGGGUGAAGGCUGUGGAAGAAAGGGGAAAUUUGGAGUCUACACCAAAGUUAGUCAGUACCUGGAGUGGAUUAAUCACCAUAUAGAUAUGUCAGCUCCUUUGAAGGGUUGAUUCUGAUCCAGUCUGGAAUGUUGUGGCUCUGUGCUAGUGACAGUAUUCGGUGUAAUGUACUGUCAGAUCUUCAAUAUUAAAUGUUGAGUAUGUGUUAACCUUG